UUCACUCGAUGUCACACCUACUACAGUGAUUUCGAUCUGCGGAUAUGCAGUUUAACUGCAUCAAACACUGUGGAAAUGACUGGAGUCAAGGUGAAAGUGUUGGGAAAAGGCGGUUGAGGUAUUGCCAAUGGAGGACUGGAAAACUUCUUUGAAAUUACCACCUAAAGACAACAGAAUUAAAACCAUCGAUGUUUUGUCUGAGAAAGGAAAUACGUUUGAGGAUUUUUGUCUCAAGCGUGAUUUGUUGAAGGGUAUAUAUGAAAAAGGUUGGGAGUCACCAUCUCCUAUACAGGAAUCCAGCAUUCCUAUUGCUUUGACUGGUCGAGACAUACUAGCUAGAGCAAAAAAUGGAACAGGAAAGACAGGUGCUUAUGUUAUACCACUAUUGGAGAAGAUAGAUGCAUCAAUCGGAUCUCUUCAGGCGCUAAUAUUAGUUCCAACUCGUGAACUUGCUCUUCAAACAAGUCAAAUUACUAAAGAGAUUUCAAAAUAUUUGAAUAUUGAAGUUAUGGUAUCUACAGGAGGAACUAAUUUAGUGGAGGAUCUAAUUCGACUUGACAAAGUGGUUCAUGUACUUAUCGCCACUCCUGGAAGAACUUUAGACUUUCUAAAGAGAUCGCUUAUCAAGACAGAUAAAUGCAGUGUGCUUGUUCUAGACGAAGCUGAUAAAUUAUUAUCCUUAGGAUUUAUUGAUCUAAUUGAUGAUGUUAUAUGUAAGCUACCAACUGAUCGACAAAUCAUGCUAUUUUCGGCUACUUUUCCCAUAUCAGUACAGUCAUUUAUGAAGAAGCAUUUGCAUUCACCGUAUGAGAUUAACUUAAUGGAUGAGUUAACGCUUAAAGGCAUUACUCAGUUUUAUGCAUAUGUCCAAGAAAAACAGAAGGUACAUUGUCUAAAUACACUUUUUUCACGAUUGCAAAUUAACCAAGCAAUAAUAUUCUGCAAUACUGCACAGCGUGUAGAGCUACUGGCAAAAAAGAUAACUGAAUUGGGUUAUUCAUGCUACUAUAUACAUGCACGCAUGCCUCAGCAUUAUCGCAAUCGUGUUUUCCAUGAUUUUCGAGCCGGUCAUUGUAGAAAUCUUGUCUGCACAGAUCUUUUUACACGAGGUAUUGAUAUCCCUCCUGUAAAUGUAGUCAUCAACUUUGAUUUUCCUCAAUAUGCUGAAACCUACUUACAUCGUAUUGGAAGAUCAGGUCGUUUUGGUCAUCUUGGUAUUGCAAUCAACCUGAUUACUUAUGAUGAUAGGUAAAAUGUUUCUUGCAUGACUAACUACUCUUUAUUUCUAGAUAUUCGUUGAAGGCUAUUGAAUCACAGUUACAAACCGAUAUUAAACCAAUACCUCAGUCAAUUGACAAACGUCUCUAUGUAGCUGAAUAUCAAUUAGAAUCGCAUUUGGAUGAAGGAACACAAAGGGCGCUUCGUUAUGGUUUAACACUACCAGAAUUUCUUCCAGAAGAAAAACGUUUAUGUGAUGUUGUAGAAUCGAAUCCGAUAAAGAUUGUUAACCAAGCUUAAUGCUUCUAGUUUAUGUGAUACAGAUAACAUUAUUGCCUUUUUGUUUAAUAUUUGCAUUUUUUUUGUUUGUUUGUUUAUGAAUUGCCUUUAUAGACUAUGAUUUUGAUGCAUUUUUAUUGUUUUCAACUUGUUUUAUUGUUCCAAUUUUGUGAUGCAUUUGUUUUUCAUACAAAUAGAUUUGUUUUCUUUUUUGAAUAUCCUCGUUCUUACUUUAAAGGCAAGUAUAUCAUGGUGUUUGUAAUGAGAUAUCUGAACUACUUCCUUGUGAUAUGUCAAGCAUACUAAUGGCGCAGUAGUGGAUUUAAUUUGUAAACAUUUGAUAUGUUUCAAGUUUGGUCAUAGAUUGAUGUCAGUUAGAGGAUCAUUGAUAACCAGGAAUUAAUGGACAACUGUUUCGUCCCAGUCUGGAAGUAUUCAUCAGCGACCCGACUGAGUAAAGAGCCUAGAACUUUCACCAACGACAAUGGCUGGUGGUUGCGUUAAAAUCACGGAUUGACAGGUCAUUGAUCAACAGAUUCGCCUGUUAACCUAAAGGUCCUGGCUUCGAUUCUCGAUGGAGUCGUGGAUGCGUACUUCUGACGAGCCAGUUCCAAAAUAGGACGAAACAACUAUCCAG